AACGUUAUUUUGAAAAAAGUUCACUUUUCGAUGUGAGAUCGCGUGCGCAAGAGGAGCAAACUUCCGUCGCUCCACUGCGCCCCCGCGUGGCCAAAGGAGCCACGCACGCCACUUAGUUUGAGCCAAAUAAUGUCAAGAGGAAAAAAAACUCACAGCAAAAUCAAAACAAAACAAAAACAGACAACAAAGCUCAACGUGAAUGAGGUUGGGAGCUCUCCGAGGUCCGAGCUUUUACAAUAUUUGUCUCUGACGAUUGAUAAUCGAGCAGUCGAAAAAGUUGCCGCUGAAUAUUCACGAGCCCCGACGUGCACGCGCGCGGCCUUUCGGGACCGGCGACGUCGGGGGGGGGGCGGGCCCAGUCCGCGUCUCGAGCUUAAAACGCUCCGGAGCGGACCCGCGACCGCACACGAACCCGCGAAGACGCGCACCCUCCGCGGAGGGCCAGGUCCGAGGACCCGGAUGAGGGCGCGGGUUCCCACGCAAAUCGGCGCAAACUUUCUCCAGGAGAAACUCGCCAAGAGGACAAGAACAAAAAGAAGAAGAAGAAGAUGCCGGCUCGCCUUUGACGUGCACGAGCACGCUCGGCUUCUCCGUUCUCGCACAAAGGAGCCAGCGCCGCCUCGCCGCGUUCCUGGAGCGACCCGGCGGGCCAUGGGCCGCUACGGCCGGACGGCGUCCUCCGAGGAGGCGGGCGGCAAGCCGGCCGACGGGCGCGGCAAAGCGCAGGCGCGGGCGCGGCGGGCGAGCCGCUUCGUGAAGAAGGACGGCCACUGCAACGUCCGCUACGUGAACGUGAGCGAGAAGGGCCAGCGCUACCUGGCCGACAUCUUCACCACGUGCGUGGACGUGCGCUGGCGCUGGAUGCUGCUGAUCUUCUGCUCGGCCUUCCUGCUCUCCUGGCUCUUCUUCGGCUGCGUCUUCUGGCUCCUGGCCAUCUUCCACGGCGACCUGCAGGUCCACGCCGGCCACAAGUGCGUGUCCAACGUGGGCAGCUUCACGGCCGCCUUCCUCUUUUCCGUGGAGACGCAGACCACCAUCGGCUACGGCUACCGCUACGUGACGGACGAGUGCCCGGCCGCCGUCUUGGCCGUGGUCUUCCAGAGCAUCGUGGGCUGCGUCAUCGACGCCUUCGUGGUGGGCGCCGUCAUGGCCAAGAUGGCCAAACCCAAGAAGAGGAACGAGACGCUGGUGUUCAGCCACAACGCCACGGUGGCCAUGAGGGACGACAAGCUGUGCCUGAUGUGGCGGGUGGGCAACCUGCGGCGGAGUCACCUGGUGGAGGCUCACGUGCGGGCGCAGCUGCUGCGCUCGCGCACCACGGCCGAGGGCGAGUUCAUCCCGCUGGACCAGACCGACAUCGACGUGGGCUUCGACAGCGGCGUGGACCGCAUCUUCCUGGUGUCGCCCAUCACCGUGGUGCACGUGAUCGACGAGGGCAGCCCCUUCUACGGCGUGGGCAAGCAGGAGCUCCGCGCCUGCGACUUUGAGGUGGUGGUGAUCCUGGAGGGCAUGGUGGAGGCCACCGCCAUGACCACGCAGUGCCGCAGCUCCUACGUGGCCGGCGAGAUCCUGUGGGGCCACCGCUUCGAACCCGUGCUCUUCGAGGAGAACCGCCGCUACGAGGUGGACUACGCCCGCUUCCACCGCACCUACGAGGUGCCCGGCACGCCGCAGUGCAGCGCCCGCGAGUUGGCGCGGAGCAAGUACGCCGUGUCCGCCUCGGGCUCCUUCUGCUACGAGAACGAGGUGGCGGCGGCGGACGCUCGGGAGGACACGGACGAGGGCCGGGGGGGCAGCGUGGGACCGGACGCCGACCGGCCGCUCCGACGAGAGUCGGAGAUAUGAACCCUGCGGUCGCGACUGGCGGGGGGGGGGGGGGGCGUGGCCAGCGACGGUGCCGGCGUUGUUCUGCCGUCCGUCUCCUCCUCGUAUCCGAAUCUGUCGCUCUGCUAACGGUACAAGCGCGUCUUCUUCUUCUUCUUCUUCUUCCCCGCCAAGGCGCUUUCCUGUUUGGAGAAUUUCUUCUUCCGGCUUCUUGAACGUUUGCAAAGGCAACGCGCGUCCUUGGUGGAGGGAGAGAAAACAACGAAAAACUUGAAGUCCCGCCAAGUCCACGCGGGAAUCCGCCCGCAGACUUUUAACCGGGAAUAAUAAGAUAUUAUCACUUGAUUAUUAUUGUUAUUUUUUUUUUCCAUUCUGUCUCCUUUGUCUUUUUUCAAUAAAAAAAUCCAAAUGA